UUUUAAAAAAAAAUGGUCCUAACCUAUCUGCUAUUGGAUGCUCCCAAUCAAUUGCAUAUAGCAUUGAAUAUUGAUGCUCAUCAACCUUCCCCUCUAACCCAAUUGAAAGCAUCCUUCUACCACCUCUCUCUCUCACAUCAUAAUACCUCAAAGGACAAUCAUUAUUUCACAAAGGUCUUCCAAAGAAGACUUUCUUCACAGAGCCAAAAAAUUUGGAGUGAGAAGUGAAGGGGAAAAAAAGAAAAAAAAAUAUUCAUUUUUUUUUUAUCAUUAAGCAAUGGUAGUAGACAAGCACACUAGUACUCACUGUUGUUCAUUGUGAAAUCAUCAUCAUCAUGGGUUGCUCAGCCUCAAGAACCAUCACCAUAGUGGCCAACAACAAUAACCAAUUAGAGGAUCCAUCUUCUGCUUCUCUUGCUUCUUCUUUCUCUUCCUCUUCUGCCUCACACAAAUCCAUUAACUCUACUUCUUCACCAGCAGCAGCACCAGUUAGAAGAAGAGCUCUUUCUCUCCCAAUGCCUCUUGUUCAUCACCCUCCCAUAAAAAAGGGUGACACACACCACCUUGUCUCCCUCACCUCCACCACCUAUGGCUCCCUUCUCCUCAUUGACCAAAAAGACCCAAACUUGACCCAAAAAAACCAACCCCGCCUCACCAAAACCUCAAACCAAACUGACCCAGCACACUCACUCUCCCCAGACUCAGUCAUCAACACUUGGGAACUCAUGGAUGGCUUAGAUGAAGAAGAAGAAGAAGAAGAAGAAAUUGCCAAUGCCAAGAAGAAGCCUCCUUACACUUCCAUUUUGGACAAACCAAGUUCAUGCAGGUACACAGCAUUUGAUGGUUCUGCAAGGAAGAAACUGCUUGAUUCCUUUGAAUCACUGAAAACUUCACAGACAGCAAUGGAAAAGGAAAACUCUUCUUCUUCUCCAGCACCAACCAAGAAGCCACUUUGGCAGCACUUAUCCGAGGAAGCUUUGCUUGCUAAGUUGGAUCCGAGUGUGGCUUGGAGUUACAGAAGAGCAUUAUCAUCAAGGAAUCUAGGUAGAAACACCUUAUCUAGAGAUGUAAGGUCAAUGGGGUCUAGCCCUUUGAUAUUUCAUUCUUCUUCUUUUUCAUUUGGUAAGAACAAUAGUUUGUGCCGUUUGUCUGGCACUGAGGACAGAAUAGUGCUUUAUUGCACUAGUUUGAGAGGGAUCCGAAAGACCUAUGAGGAUUGUUGUUCGGUUAGGAUGAUUCUGAGGGGCUUCAGGGUUGCGGUUGAUGAGAGGGACAUCUCAAUGGACUCGUCCUAUAGGAAGGAGUUGAAGGAUGCUCUUGGUGGAAAAGCAGUGACAUUGCCACAGGUCUUUAUCAGAGGGAGGUAUGUGGGGAAUGCUGAGCAAAUGAAGCAUCUGAAUGAGUCUGGAGAAUUGGCAAGGCUUUUGGAGGGUUUCCCCACUCAGGAUCCUGGGUUUGUGUGUGACAACUGUGGUGAUGCCAGGUUUGUGCCAUGCCCCAAUUGCAAUGGUAGCAGGAAGGUGUUUGAGCAUGAGGAAGGAGGGUUGAGAAGGUGCCCUGAUUGCAAUGAGAAUGGCUUGAUAAGAUGUCCAGGUUGCUGCCCAUGAUUGGUGGAAAUUAGUCAUCUGAAUCAGGUAUACCCCGAUUCGUGAAGAGUAAUUUCUAGAACUACUGAUAUCCAUUUAAGAGAUAAGUAUCUCUUAAGGUAUAUUUUUCAGUGCCCAGAAAGCCUAUGGAUCGAAUUCCUGACCACAAGCUUAAAAAAUGAUUAAUUAUCUGUCAAUCAUAUCACAUCAUAUUGAUAAUGAUGUUCUUGUGUUUGUUUAUUGGAGUAGAAUUUGUCAUUAUAAAUUUUGACAACUACCAAGAAUGCACAUUUCAGUUUCGUCCUUUGUUUUUAGUUAGUACUACUUUCAGCUGUUAUUUGUUUAUGUCAGACUUUUGCUUUAUUAGCGUUUAAUUACCCUUGUGAACAGCAGAAAAUAAAAAACUGACAAGGUUAUGUAUACAUGCUUAAUUUUC